ACACUCACACGCACGCUCACACUUUUUAUUUGCCAUAAUGAACCGUCCAGCCCCUGUGGAGAUCUCCUAUGAGAACAUGCGUUUUCUGAUAACUCACAACCCUACCAAUGCUACUCUCAACAAGUUCACAGAGGAACUUAAGAAGUAUGGAGUGACGACUUUGGUUCGAGUUUGUGAUGCUACAUAUGAUAAAGCUCCAGUUGAAAAAGAAGGAAUCCACGUUCUAGAUUGGCCAUUUGAUGAUGGAGCUCCACCCCCUAAUCAGAUAGUAGAUGAUUGGUUAAACCUGUUAAAAACCAAAUUUCGUGAAGAGCCAGGUUGCUGUGUUGCAGUGCAUUGUGUUGCGGGAUUGGGAAGGGCACCUGUGCUGGUUGCACUUGCUUUGAUUGAAUGUGGAAUGAAGUACGAAGAUGCAGUUCAGUUUAUAAGACAAAAAAGAAGGGGAGCGUUCAAUUCUAAACAGCUGCUUUACUUGGAGAAAUACCGACCUAAGAUGCGAUUACGCUUCAGAGAUACCAAUGGGCAUUGCUGUGUUCAGUAGAAGGAAACGUAAACGAAGGCUGACUUGAUUGUGGCAUUUAGAGGGAACUCUUGGUACCUGGAAAUGUGAAUCUGGAAUAUUACCUGUGUCAUCAAAGUAGUGAUGGAUUCAGUACUCCUCAACCACUCUCCUAAUGAUUGGAACAAAAGCAAACAAAAAAGAAAUCUCUCUAUAAAAUGAAUAAAAUGUUUAAGAAAAGAGAAAGAGAAAAGGAAUUAAUUCAGUGAAGGAUGAUUUUGCUCCUAGUUUUGGAGUUUGAAUUUCUGCCAGGAUUGAAUUAUUUUGAAAUCUCCUGUCUUUUUAAACUUUUUUCAAAAUAGGUCUCUAAGGAAAACCAGCAGAACAUUAGCCUGUGCAGAACCAUCUGUUUGGGGAGCACACUCUUCAUUAUGCUUGGCACACAGAUCUCCCUGUGGUGGGAUUUUUUUUCCCUUUUUUUGUCGGGGAGGGGUGGUAUAUUUUUCCCCUCUUUUUUCCUUCCUCUCCUACACCUCCCUUUUCCCCCGAUCCAAGUUGUAGAUGGAAUAGAAGCCCUUGUUGCUGUAGAUGUGCGUGUAGUCUGGCAGCCUUAAGCCCACCUGGGCACUUUUAGAUAAAAACAAAAAACAAAAAACAAAAAAACACCAAAAAAACCGCAGUGACAUAGAGAUCUAUUAUAUGAUCCAGGUGGUUUUUAGUCUUUACUGAUGAAAGGGUGUUCACGUUAGUUCCUUGUCCUCAAAACCCUAUCUAAUACCAGGCGAAGGAGCCAAGAGCCUUUUGUUUUGUUUUUAUUUUGAUAAAUUAGUGGGGAAAUGGCAUUUUAAGAGGAGUCUCUUCUCAACUUACCUGAGAGUCGAAUUCUUCUCUUCCCUAACCAGUGAAGCUAAGUGGAUAUCCCAGAAACUUGUCUUCUAAAAGGGAGGACUCCAGGCCAUCAACAAAGAUGUCCAGGCGGUGAGCGUGCUUUCUACACCCUGUACAAUUGUGGGCUGUAGCGUUACUCUGAUUUUCUGUCUAGUAUCAGAGAAUGCUGGUGGCUUAAAAUUUUUAUUUUAGGACUUGUACUCUGAAUUUUCAGGAACCGUCAAAGGAGCAGCAGCAAAUUCACAUAUUUUCGACUUGAGAAAUGCUUGUUGGUGUGUGUUUUCCAAACUGCCCCCUACAUGUAAAGUUCAGUUUAACUACUGAUUGCCUUGUUAUUACUAGGUUUUUUGAGACUAAAAAAAAAAAAAAAAAUCCCUGGUUUAAAACCAACAACGAUGCCUAGUGAGUAUGUGUCCACAGGCCAUAACAGGGUAGAAGAGAGACAUCGGGCCACCCGGUGAGUAGUGAAGGGACUGUGUUGCUUGUGAAGCGGUGUAGUAGCAUUUUUGCAGAUUCUUUGCUGGGUUUAGUGUACUGAUCUAGAAAAGCUGUUUUUCUGCUUUGUGGAAGGCAGUUACGAUCAGGCUGCGUGGACAAAGCAGGUAGAGGGGCACCAUCGGGGCUCUUGCACUAUUUUCACCUCUAAAUAUUACAUACUCAGUAGUGCCCUGCUUCUAAGGCUCGGCAUACAGGCUCAAAGUCAUCUUGUCCUGCUGGAAUUUGCUGUGCAGAGCCAUAAGCCUCCCAUUUUGUUAGCAUCAGCUAGGCCAGUAGGAACAGACCGGGACCUUGUCUCACACUGAUGAUACCUCAAAUGUUGGCCAGCUGUGUAAACUGCCCAUUUCCUAUUGCUGGAGUUUUGAUUUUUAACUAAACGCAAAUCUGUAGAUUCUCUCCUCUCCCAUCCCAGAAAACAAAACAAAAUAAUGCUUUUUGAAGUUGUUUCCAGGACUUUAAAACAUAAUGGUAUAUCCAAAAUUCUUUAUUUCAGAACACAACAAUAGAUUCCAUUAAUAUAGACUCAAGAUCAAAACAGCAUACCUGCUAAGCUAAGAUAGAUGGUGUUGACUCCACUGGGUUUUGAUCAAUACAAUAACUUUUUCCCUUUGACAUACUCUGAAUUUUGUUGUUUGGGGGGAGGGUGUGUGUGUGUUUGUGUGUGCGUGUGUGUGUGCGUGUGUGCGCGCACGCUCAGUGUCCAUCAGUAUCAGUGCCUGCCUGAGUUAGGAAAAUUACAUUCCUGGUUCUGUAUUGAGGAGAAGGAUGUAUAAAGCAACAUGAAACAUUAGCCCUCCUUUUGUUUUAAAGACUAAUGUUAAUUGUUCUUAAAACUGGAUUUUUUUCCUUAAAAUUAAAGCAAUUUUUUUCUUUUGAAUUUAAUGAAGUAUUGCUAGCUGAAGCCAGUUUGACAUAGAGAGAUGUCAGAUUGAUUUGAAAGGUGUGCAGCCUGAUUUAAAACCAAACCCUGAACCCUUUUAAAGAACAAUAAAACAUAUUUUACACGC